UGACUCUACAUAUCAUCGACGAUGCCUAGCCUCACUGCCACAACCGAGGCAGUCUCAGCAUCGACCAUCAGCCUCAAAGCGUCGGCCUCGUUGGCCGUCUCUCCAACAAAGUCUGUCGGCUCGACCCUCAGUGCCUUACGCUCGCUCUACCCCCGCGCUGCCAAGGCAUUUCUGCAGCGCAACGUCCCUUUGACCGACUCGCUGCUCACCUCUGCCUUCAGCCUGAUAGAACCGCCGCCGUCAAUAGCUGGACCCGACCCAGCAGCAUCACAGCGGCGGAAAUGGGAGAUCCUGCGCAUCACGUUUGAGACCACUCUGUACUCGUCACCACCCGCAAGGGACUCAGAUGAUCUGCCCUCGCCCGUGCAGGCGAACCUUAUGCUGUCUCCUGAGCCGUUUAUUGCUACUAUACACACGCGCUCCCUGCAGCUAUUCACUCCAGCAUACCCGCCACAAAAGCCGACAUCUGCGUUCCUUCCCGCGCAGAUUCUUGUUACCCUUGCGCUGGCUAGUCUAAAGCUAGGCUGCACCAUCGUGGGCCGGGGGAUGAUUGAGGACUGGCUCGCGCGCCAUGGGCAAGCAGAGCUGGCCGACGGAGAGGGAUAUGCCAAGGUACUCGAGCUGUACUGCUUGCACGUGCUGCCAAGACUAGAGGACUGGGACUAUGCGGAGGAUUUCCUGCAGUAUGAGCGGGAGCUGUCUGCUGACACUCGUCAGUACAUGAUCACGUCUGUUCGCACACUACGUGCACGGGCAGCAGCCGCGCAACGC